AGAUCAUCAAUCGUUUAAGUAUACUUAAAAAAUUUACUCUCAAUGGAUUACGUUACGUUACCUUGCGAAGCUUCACUUUAACUCUGAAUGCGUUCAAGGUAAUGCGCAGGCUGUCGAAGGGAAUAAUGAAUGUGGGAUGAUCGAAAAAGCUUGCAGUGCAUCGGUAUUCGUAGUACGAAUUUCGUACACUGCUAUACAUUGCCAAAAAUUAUCAGUAUGGGUCUAAAGUAUAUUUAAAACAUCAAAACCACUCCAGUACUGGGUCACUUCUGAUAAGGCCUACAGCUGAUUUCUUAUUUAUCGCGCUUAACUUUAGAAAUCCCGUUUCGUAAAGCAAAAAUCGCAGACCUAUGGAGAACAUGGCAGGAACAGUCGCAGUUGGAAAUAAUGCAGACAAUAGCAUCCGCAUAUUGGUGGCCACGGACAACCACUUGGGCUACGCGGAGAAGGAUGCAGUGCGAGGCGAAGACAGUUUUACGACUUUUGAGGAAAUAUUAGAGCUGGCAGUGUCAGAGAAUGUGGAUAUGAUAUUGCUUGGAGGGGACCUAUUUCAUGAUUCAGUGCCCAGCCAAAAUGCGCUGUACAAUGCACUCAAUCAUUCGGUAAACUACGAAGAUCCCUAUUUGAAAAUUUCCAUACCAGUAUUUUCUAUACACGGCAAUCAUGACGACCCGAGUGGCUUUGGCCGUUUGAGCUCCUUAGAUUUGCUUAGCACAACAGGUCUGAUUAACUAUUUUGGUCGCUGGACAGAUCUUUCAAGAGUGGAGAUAAACCCCAUCUUGAUUCGUAAAGGCGAAACCAAGUUGGCACUCUAUGGGCUCAGUCACAUUCCUGAUGCACAGCUAGUGCGUAUGCUAGAGAAGUCUAAAAUCAACUUUCAUAAUGAUAAUCUGUCUGGAGAGGAGUGGUACCAAUUGAUGGUGGUACAUCAGAAUCGCGUAGAUCGUGGUGGUAGCAAGAAAUAUCUGCCCGAGGAUCGUCUACCCGAGUUUGUGAAUAUGGUUAUCUGGGGACACGAACACGAUUGCUACGUUGAUUUUAAGCAGAGCGCUUCGGGUCAUUUCAAAGUUUACCAGCCGGGGUCCUCGGUAGCCACGUCACUCAUAAAGGGGGAGUCGAAAACAAAACACGUCGGUCUGUUGACGAUAAACAAACUAAAUGAGAGCCUGAAGCCACUGCCACUACAAACUGUGCGUCCAUUCGUAUAUGAGUCAAUCGAUCUCGACGAUCUCGUCGAGGAAUUGCACCUAAAUGAAGGCGAUGCAGCGGAAAAGGUGUAUAACUUUGCCAUAAACCGUGUAGAGGCCUUGAUUGAGAGGGCCAAAAGUCUGCUCACGGGUCAUCCAAAGCAGCCGGCGAUUCCUCUGAUACGUCUCCGUCUCCGAUACACAGAUGAGACGCACAUGUUCAAUACCAUUCGUUUCGGUCAUCUCUUUGGCACUCGUGUGGCUAAUGUCGCGGAUAUUGUGAGGUUUACGAGGCUUACCGAAAAUGAUACGGCAAAUGCAGGCAAAGCUGCUGUGGAGUCUGGCAUGGAGGUGGAUGAUCUAACGACAUUAGAAGAUUUACUAGGUCGGUAUAUCGAGGAUAUACCGCUCACGCUUUUUCACUCCAAGGUAUUGAAGGAAGUUACUAUGCGCAUGGUGAAACAUUCGGAUGGCCAUGCAGCUGACCAGAUUUUCAAAUAUUACAGUGAUAAAGCAGUAGAGCACCUAAUGCAAACGAUGCCUUCUCUUGAGAAUAUACAAGACGCAAUAGAGAAUUUUCGUCGACGGCACAAGGCUGACGAUAUUCUUAAUGCAUUGAAUUCCCUUGGCGCUAAGACACGAGCUAAACGUCCAACGGUAUCUGAUGGCAAACCUUCAAGCAGAGGUGGACUAGCUGCUACUAAGCGAUUAAAGAUUGUCAAUUAAAGAUAGCCAAUAACACAAAAGUACGUUCCAUUUGAGUGUUGCAUUCUUGUUAAUCGUUGUCCCCUUCACAAACGAGUUACAAUUACUCUUGGACGCUUUUAAUUUAUCGAACGCAAAAAAGAUUGAAAAAUAAUCUACUUUAUCUCGGAUUAUACCAACUAACAUAGUGCUACAUUGUUUAUUGGUCUCGUUAUCAACCGAUUGCACAUCAUCGUAAAUUUAUUAUUUUAUUAUUCUGACCAUGUCGAUUCUAUUGGCUUCAUAAUACAAUUGAGCAUUCUAGCAAUAUCUGAUAAUGUAAAGAAAUAUAUUUUGCAAAUAAAUAUUACAGAUUUCA